UGCUCUGUGGUACUUCCUCUCUGGCCAACUUAGCUGACAGCACCCAGACCUGGGGCCAGACCCCUGGCACUGGGGCAGAUCCAGGGAUAGGCUACACCACCCUGCCCUGACCUUGGGAUUGGCACCAGCUACCAGCCAGCACCUGGAAAAGCCUGUUUUCAGGAUGACCACCAACACUACCUCUGCUGCCUCGCCCUCCAUGGCAGGUGCCAAGUUCAUCCGCCCCCUGGCUAUUAUCCUACUCUCAGUGGCACUGGCCGUGGGGCUUCCGGGCAACGGCUUUGUGGUGUGGAGCAUCCUGAGGAGGAUGCAGAAGCGCUCAGUCACUGCCCUGAUGGUGCUGAACUUGGCAGUGGCGGACUUAGCGGUACUGCUCACCGCGCCCUUUUUCCUUCACCUCCUGACCCAAGGCACCUGGAGUUUCGGACUGGGUGGCUGCCUCCUGUGUCACUAUGUGUGCGGAGUCAGCAUGUACGCCAGCAUCUUGCUUAUCACGGCCAUGAGUCUGGACCGCUCUCUGGCUGUGGCUCGCCCCUUCCUAUCCCAGAAGCUGCGCACCAAGGCUGUCGCUGGGCGAAUGCUGGCAGGUAUCUGGGUGGCGUCCUUUCUCCUGGCCACUCCUGUCCUCGUGUACCGCACGGUGAGCCGGAAUCAAAACAGGAACAACUGCAUAUUGAAGUACCCCACCUAUCGCCACGAGGCCUUCCACCUGUUCUUCGAGGCUUUCACGGGCUUCCUGCUGCCCUUCCUGGCGGUCGUGGCCAGUUACUCUGACAUCGGGCGCAGGCUGCAGUCCCGGCGCUUCCGCCGCAGCCGCCGCACCGGCCGCCUGGUGGCGCUCAUCAUCCUGGCCUUCGCCGCCUUCUGGCUGCCCUACCACGUGGUGAACCUGGCCGAGGCGGGCCGCGCGCUGGCGGGCCUGUCCGCCAAGUCCGGGCCUACCGGCAUGCGGCUGGUCCUGGCGCGCAAAGUGCUCAUCGCGCUCGCCUUCCUGAGCAGCAGCGUGAACCCCGUACUGUACGCGUGCGCGGGGGGCGGCCUGCUGCGCUCGGCCGGAGUGGGCUUCGUCGCCAAACUGCUGGAGGGCACGGGCUCUGAGGCAUCCAGCGCCCGCCGCGGGGGCACCUUGAACCAGACGGUGAAGGGCGCCCCAGCCGCUUUGGAACCUGGGCCGGCUGAGAGCCUCACUGCCUCCCCUAAUGCUCCAGAGGGAGGCGAACUGAACUAGGCUUGGUGGAAGGACCUUCUCUUUCUUCCCGGAGGAGUGUCCUCGCUGGCCUGACCCAAUUCUGUACCCUGAGGGGGAGAAUGGGUGUGUGUGGGGGGGCGGAGGUGAGCGAAAGCGAGAAGGGUGGGGCGAGUGAGGACAGAGGGAGAGAACUCCAGCCUGGCUCCUGACGCAGCUUCACAAUUAAAAGUGAAGUCUGGAAUCCAGUCAACUCUGGUAUAUUGGGGGGAUUGGAGUGAGGUCGGUGGCCUGAUGGGGUCCCUCUCAAUAGCUGAGAGUCAUAUCCUUUAGUUCCCAAUGGUUUACAAUUUUGGAAGGGACAAAGACAUAGACCACCCGCAGCUGGCCUGUGAUUCCGAGGUAGGUGGUCUGCAGAUCCUACCAAGAAAACAGUCUGCAGACUCCUGGAGGAGCUUGUAGGAGGAAGCCCUCCCAGGUGGGCUGAUCACUCCAGAUUCCAGUGACUCAGAGGGACUUUCUCAGAAAAAGCACUGCUGCGAAGCAUUUUCCCCAAAGCCUUUGAUAAGUCUACUUUUCACUUGAUUCCCGCUUCCUGCCAGCAAUCUUCAUCCCCUCAGCAGCAGAUGUACUAGGGUGCUGGGGAAUUCCUUCCAUCUCCCAAGGAGACCUCACUGGAGAACCGAGUCUUCAGAUCUUAUCCCCUAGAAUUCUUUUUUUUUCUUUAAAGAAUUAUUUUUUUUAUUAUCAUCAUAAUCUUAUUUAUAUUACAUUGGAUUACAUAUAACUUUACAGUGUAUUACAUUGCUUUUUCAAAAGAGAAUGCCAUGCAUGACAGUCAGUACAAAGACAUUAAUCUCCCUGCUUUAACAUUCAAUAUCUUUUCUGUUUUCCCCAAUCAUUAUUAUUAUUAUUCUAAUUAUUUUUUAAAAAUUAUCCCCUAGAAUUCUGUAGGUCAGCUUCUGCCAGCCCCUACUGCAUACCCUGGCACAGGGCCAGGCUGAGUUCUCAGUGGCCAUGGUUACCCUAGGAAACAAAGAUUCCCAAAAGCCAGAGGGAUGUGCCAUUAUUCCCCAGGGCUGCCUGUUGUCUUAGAGGACCUUUGCUCAGUUCUGUUCUGGCAUUUUAGGAAGACGACAGCAGCAGUGGCAGUAGUGUAUUUUUCAGAUAUUUCCCAUAAAGAGAGGGGGGGGGAGAGAGAGAGAGAGA